UACCAAUCAACGCGCUGCUCACACAAAAGUCGCCUCUUCAACUUCCUAGCGGGAAGCAGCUAUUGGGGAACUGUAUGCGGGCAGCAGGAAUCAGUGGUAGACACAGCAGCUAAUCAAAGGAAGAUGAGGCUGUCCCGAGCUGAAUAUAAAGAGAUAGUGAAGUGGACUGAACAACUAAGACCCACCCGCCAAUGUAUGAAGAUGCUCAAGGAAAGAUUUCCAAAUCACUCGCAGUCCACUCUUCUGAGCAUCUUCUCCCUGGAGUACCAGAAACGAACCAAGAGAACAAUCUCAAGACACCAUGCACCUGAUGUUAUUGAAAGCCACUACCAAAGGUAUCUAAGUGAAGGCAAGGCACAUCCCACUGCUCCCGUCUUGCUGGAGUUGGCCAAUGAGGUGGAUCUGUCUCCUGCACUUAUGGCUCGUAUCAUCCUGGACAGGUUCCUUCAGGACCUGGAGGGUGGAAUGCCCUCUAAAACAGUCCUCAACAGCAUGCUUAAGGAGCCAUCAUUAAUUCCAGACCAGGUUUUGGCCAAUAACAUCUAUCAAUGCACAAUAAAUGACUGCUGUUAUGGACCGCUGGUAGACUGCAUCAAACAUGCUAUUGGCCAAGAGCACGAGGUCCUACUCCGUGACAAACUAAAGGAGAGGAACCUUUCCUUUCUGGAUGAGAACCAACUGAGAGCUAUGGGCUAUGAUAAAACACCUGAUAUCAUCCUGGAGGUUCCAGUUGCCGUUGAGGGACACAUUGUUCACUGGAUUGAGAGCAAAGCUUCAUUUGGAGAUGACCACAGUCAUCGUACCUAUCUCAAUGAGCAGUUCUGGAGCUACUGGAACAGGUUUGGUCCAGGCCUUGUGAUCUACUGGUAUGGUUUCAUAGGAGAGCUGGACUGCCAGAGAGACAGAGGUAUCCUACUCAAAGACUGUUUCCCUACGGACAUUGUCACCCUGUGCCAUGCUACCAAGCAGGACCAACCGCCACAAGAGUCAGAGUAAAGACAAAGACUGAAAGACGAGAAGCAGAGCAAAAAAAAAAAAAAAAAAGUAAAGAUGGGAGGAUGAAUGGCUGGAAAGAAAGAGGAAGACAAGGAGGCAGGAAGGGUAAGAACACUGAACUAUGCAGCGGUGGAUAACUAGAUCCGGAAGCAAUUUCGUAUUCCUGCAGUGUGAGACUUCUGGCAAAAAAUCUGCCCUGAACUCCACCUGACCCUCUGUCUCUGUCUGUCUCUCCCUUUCUUCCUCUCUUUCAAUGCCCCAAAGCUGCAACAUGUAAAUACACACCAGCACUCUGUAUAUCUGACAGCACAGGGUCAGAUUCAUACCUGUGUGUGAAAACACAGUCUUGGAGGUUUUUCCUGGUUAUGGUCGGCUCCUGGCCCCUGGAUGGCCUCUUGCAAUGGACAGCCAGGGUGAGAGCCAGGGCCAAAGCAGGACAUGAGCCCCUUCCUUAUCACACCCAAAGCCCUGGCCUUUGUCACUCUUUCCUCCUCCAUUACAUAGGCAGAUAAGCGAGGUGCGGUCUGGGUGGACGCCUGUCUCUCACCUGCGUCACUCAGUGCCCUCUCACUCCCUCUCCGGGGAGGUAAACAGGAUCAUUUCUGAUUAAAACUGGCCUCACUGUGACCCUUUUCACAUCAAAUUAUAAAAUGUAUUGAGGGUUGGAGCAGGGGUUCACACCACAACUAAAUUUCAUCACAAAAUUACUAUCAACACAAUGUAUCCGCUUAUUUCACGGGAGUUAUCCUAAUUAACUAUAUUUCAGUAACUAUAAAUUAAUUAACUAUACAUCCUCACAUUUUGUAAGACUUUUUCACGCAGCUCCCAUUAACCUCAUGUGCCAACAAUUCUCCUCAACUUGUUUGCAUGGUGUUGAUUAUAGGAAAGGUUUAGUCAUAUUUCAGAUAUUUCAAAUUAUACUUAUAGUCUGUCCUGCAGUUAAUGCUUUGGUUAAUCGAUAGCCAACAAAACAUCAGAAAAAUCCCCAAAAAUGGCCGUCACAGUUUCCCAACCAAAAAGCCAAAGAUAUUCAAUUUACGAUGACCCAAAUCAAAGAAAAGAGGUAUGAAGUAUGAGAAGCCUGUUUAACAUGUCUGCUACACAAAUGACAAUGAUAAAUUGAUUAUCAAAAUUCUUGCCAAUUCAUUUACUAAGAAUUAAUUAGAUAAAGUAACUAAUUGUUUCGGCAAUGAUCAUAGUUCACCAGCCUAGUCUGAACCGAAUAUGUCCUAAACCAUGAAGCUGUGUCGGCUAACAUGUUGCUAACCUCAAUUAGGAAGCCAAGAAGCCUGAAGUUACAGUGUUCUCCACAAAAGGGAUUAAGGCAGAGCCAGAGAGCUAAGGUCACAGUCAAAUAAAAUGCAAAUUAAUUAGCUCUAUAUCACCUCCAUGAGUGCACUGUAGGAUUGCAAAAAAAUAUUCAGUCCUUGUUGUGUUCUGUGCCACAUUUUACACUGUGAUAAUUUAACAGAAAUUAUCUAUUGUA